AAAGAAUAUAUUUUCAAAAACACAAAGUCUCAAGAAUUUCAAUGACCUGUGGAAAGAUUUUCUGUUUUGUAACCGUAUGGUUGAAGGCUGCACAUUAAAUCCACUUUGUUUCACUGAUUCUUUUCUGACACAACUCCAAGCUUUUGAUGUUUUUUUUUCUUUUUAUUGAUAAUAUAUUAGGCGGAAGCUAUUGAAAUCUGGACAGUCCUUGAAUUUCAUGUCAACCGAGGUGUGACAACCAUAAAUAUCCUUUUCACUUUUUUUUUACCUUUUCAUUUGUUACUUCAUUUACUGCCAUGCGCCUGUGUCUGCGUCUGGACGCGUUAAUUAAUGCUCUUUGGUUAUUUUCCUUUCUGAACGUGGCAACAUGGCAGCAGCAGCAGCAGCAGGGUUAACUGGAUCUCCUCCCUCUCCGCGCCGGACGGACGCAGACGGAGUUUCAGGUGAUGUUUCUCCGUACGGCCCACGCGGGGCAUCGCACAAAUGUGGGGUGGGGUCGCUUUGAUGCGCAACCAGGCGGCGAUGCUCACUCCACGGUUCGCCCCAAAGUCCUAAACUUCACCGAGACCGAGGCGCCCUGCAGAGGGAGGCGAGCUGUUCGAGGGGAUCUGCGGAUUUGGAGACUUUUGCAUCUUUUUCUUUUCAUGUGUUUUAUUAUUUACCCCCCUCCUCCUCUUGUCCACGGAUAGAGCCUUUUCCUCGCCUUGCCCAUCCUCUCCACUCAGCUUCCUCUUCGGGUUGAGCGCUAUGGCCUGGCCGUGCAUCACGCGCGCGUGCUGCAUCAACCGCUUUUGGACCGAGCUGGACAAGGCGGACAUCGCGGUGCCUCUGGUUUUCACCAAAUACUCGGAUGUGGCCGACGUGCAGCACCUGCCCCACCACCCGCAGCCCCGGCAGAAGAAGGCCGCGGCCAUCGCCAUAGAAACCCAGCCGCAUCCGGAGGAGCGAGAGGCCGCCAAGGCGCCGCCCGCGGCGGGGGGCGCCGCAGCGGCCAAAGACGACGCGUCCGCUGCGUCCGUCAUGCGCCAAGACUUCAAGGCGUGGAGAGUGCGCCCCGAGCCCAGCUGCAAGCCCCGGAACGAGUACCAGCGGCCGCCGGCGCCGUUCAACAACGAGACUCAGUACCAGAAGGACUACAAGCCCUGGCCCAUACCGAGGAAGCACGACCACCCCUGGAUCCCCAAGCCCAGUCCCACCGCCGGCUCCAAGCUGGAGCACGCGGCGGCCGCUGGCGAGAGCGAGAGCGGCGUGGAGAAGAGCGAAAUCGAGGAGAAGAUUCAAGAGAAGGAGUCAAAGGAGGCGGCGAGGAGGGAGAAGUCCGCGGAGAGGAAAGCGGCAGAGAAGACGGAGGGACCCGCAGAGGGGAGCGCAGAGCAGCGGAGAGGCAGAGCGGCAGCGGACGCUCUCAACAGACAGAUAAAGGAGGUCAUGUCGACUUCUAGCAGCUACAGGACCGAGUUUAAGGCGUACAAGGAUGUAAAACCAGUGAAGCCGAUCAAAGCUCCCUCCCAGUAUAAACCACCCGGAGAGGAGACCAGCCUGGAAACCAGCUAUAGUGCCACAUACAAGGGGGAGCAGGUGAAGGCCCAGGCGACUGACAACAAGCUGCUGGAGCGCCGGAGGAUACGCAGCCUGUACAGCGAGCCGGGCAAGGAGCCAGCCAAGGUGGACAAACCAACGUCUCGCACCAAACCAAAAAAGGCGCCGACAACAACGACCGGGAAGAUGAUGAAAAAAGCUAAGGAGAAGCAGGUUCCUGGUUCCCACCUGGCCAAGAAGAAACCGUCUGCGAACACAGCCGAAGCCACGCCAGAGGGAACGGUGACGAAGAAGAGCAAAGAGAUCAGCAACAGACUGGCCGAGGCCAAACAUUAGACAGGGGUCAACUUGUACGCUUUUUAGGUGUGUGACGACAUCGCAGAGAAAGUCAUUUUCUUCCUCUUCCGUUCAUUUCCUCACCUGUUGGUUCACACGUAGGAUCACGUUUGAAUGACGUUGAGCUUUUAGGAUAAUGCAAAUAAUUUCACUGUAAACCGUAUGUGAACGUGUGAAUGUUUGUGACUCCUUUGUAUUCCGGCGCACGGAACCGCUUUUCUAUUAUUGCGCACAUGAUUUGCACAUAUGAGUUCCACUUGACAUUAAACUAAAAAAAAUUAGAGUGCUUGUAAAGUGUUGUGACAAAAGCCCAGAGCGAGCCCUCGUUACGUUUCCAUUUUGCCUUAAAACAGUCCUGACUUUUGCGUAGGUUUCAAGCCAUAUUUCUCCAGACUUUUCAAGGAUCUCCUUGUUGGACCUCACCUUUUAAAGUAGUCCUUUUCUUGGGUGCCACUUUUUUUUCAAAUUAAAUUCUCAGUCCUUUUUUUUUAACUUGCAAAUGCUGUAGUUUAAUUUUCAAAAUGCAAAAAAAGAAAAGAAAAAUCCCAGAUUUUGCUGGAAUAAGGUUAAGUUCCAGUGAACUUAGCUAAAAAAAGAGAAACAAAAUGAUUUGCCUCGGUUAUUUUUGUUCCACUGGCUGGUACUCGUUAACACAAUACAGGUUAAUUGCCUAACUUAGGAAACUCUUUUAUGCUCACAUGAUCUUUUUGAAAACAAACAGUGACGUAUAGUGCGCAUCAUAAAAAAAUAAAUGAAAAAGUAGUCACUGAUGCAAAAGGUGGAUACAAAGUCUGGAGAACGUUUGCUCAAACCUGCUUUAAAGAACUCAAGAAAGUUUUGUGCAAUGCUAACAAAAUCUAAAGCUGCUGUCGUACUGUUUCUUAUCCUGUCAUGUAUUUUUGCAAGUUACCUUUAACCUAUUUUUUAUUAUAUUUUUUUUUUACCAUGAUUGACUGACCAUCUUGGGUUGAAAGUCCGACGCUCGUUACUCGCCAAAUGAGUGACUCUAAGUAGCCUAAUAAUUCGAAGCCCAAUUAAUCAAAAACAGAUCCACCUCCAGGCAUGUGAAAACCAGUUCAUCUUCGUUGGCGCAGAGAGAGCGUCUGCAUGUCAUAGCCUGAGAUGAAAAAUAAUUUAGAUAACAACGUAUUGGAUCAUUUUGAUGCUUUCAAAAAUUAUGAGACAGACUCUUUGUUGGAGACGUGUGCUACAGUAUCAGAUGCACAGAAAGGUAAACAUUAUUUACUCAAAUAUAUUCAUAUAUCCUUACAACAAUGUGGCGAGGGUAUAAUGAAAUGAGGGGUGUUCUGAAGACUUUUACACAGCACUGACAUAUGUCUAAGAGGGCUUUCUUCUCUCUGAAUGGAUGAUUACUUAGCUAAGUACUGACAUAAUUGUAUUUAAAAAAAAUCUAUGUAAAAGAGAUUCUUUUUUCAUGUCAGUGUUUUUCUUUUCUUUUUCUUUUUUUUUUUGCGACAAGCUCUGUUUUUUUCUGGUUUCCUACUUACAGUGCCUCUGCUGUUUGGUCCUGGUUUUUAUUUUAUUGUUCCGGGUGAUAUCUGGCAUAAUCCGGUUGGUUGUUGGGAAAUUCAAUUAACCGUAGUAAUGUAAUUGCUACAGUUUGCAUGCAAGACCUUUCUUUUGGUUGAGAGGCAGACUGUACGCGCGGUCACAGUUGCACUCUCGCUUGUAAAUGGAGCCUUUAAAGAUAAAUGUAUAGGUGAGAUACCUUUUUCAAGUAUAAUGCAUGAGUAGAAAUAGAUUCUGUUCACAACAAGACAUACAUUUAACUAGUAAUCUCUUUGAUUAGUGGCUGGUACUGCUGUAAAAAUAACCACACUGGCAUUUAUGGUUUCACUCUGAAAAAUGUUUCUUUUGAUCUAAAUGCAAACAGGUUCCUUUGAUUGGUUUCUGGAAAAACUCUAUAUUUUAUGGCGUUGGCCGCCACACACUCCUCUAAGUUGUGAUCAUAUAGUUGAGCUCAUUUAGGAAAAAUAAAAACAAUCGCUAUCUUAGUGAACGGGCUGAUCUCUCCAGGUGCUUAAGGGCAAGGAAUGGGCCAGGACUUCAAGCUCAGCUCUUUGAAAUGCUGCUGAAAGUUUCUGCUUCUCUGUGUGAGCUUGUGUGUGUGAUUCGGAAAGCUUGUUUCUGUGUCUGAUCUCCUUCAAGCCUGCCGCCCGCUAAGAUCACAAGAUCCACCAGAAGUGCUGCUCUGCACUCUUAACACCUUGGUGCUAUCUCUCUCAUCCUUCACGCCGUGGGGUCUGGACCGCUGCAGCUCCGGACCAGAUGGCAGUGACGAUGUCAUACAGGCUGCAGAUGUGUUGUGAUUCUUAUUUUCCUUUCUUUCUUUUUUUGUGCUUGUAAACUCAGCUUGCUCUGAAUGAAUUGAAUUAAAAUAAUGGUGCAGACUCCA